AAAGUUUAGUUCUUAUGGCUUCUACUCAUUCUCGUACUUGUAAAAUCUUUACAGCUGUCAUCUUGCCUCCUCUUAGUGUCUUUUCAGAAAAAGGUUGUGGUCGUGAGAUAGCUAUUAAUAUUGCAUUGACGUGUCUUGCUAUUGUUCCUGGAAGCAUUUAUGCUGUGCACCUUGUUCGAAAAAACAAAUAUUAAAAAGAAUUGACUGAAUUUGAAAAUAAUCUACUGCUACUCGAAAAAAAUAAAAUAAAAAACUCAGGUACAAAUUUUAUCUUCUCU